AUGAAAAAUCAGAAGCAUACGUACAAAUUGCACUACUUCAACAUUCGAGGACGUGCGGAGCCAAUCCGCCUGAUACUUGAGUACUACGGUGCAAAAUACGAUUAUCAUCGUAUCACCGAAGAAGAAUGGCCCAAUGUGAAAGGAGGUAAAAAUUUUUAAAG